AUGGAACUCAACCGAGAACAUUUUCGCGCCAUAAUUUAUUACAACUUUCAGAGACAAUUAUCGCAACAAGAAUGCCUCGCCGAAUUACUGUCUGUUUUCGGCAACGAAGCGCCACAUCAGUCGACAAUUUGUCGUUGGUAUGGAGAAUUCAAACGUGGAUGGGAUAGACAUGUGACAUAUCGCGAGAUUGAGGCGUCCUUGAAGAUCUCAAAGACCUCAAUUCAAAAAAUUCUACAUGAAGAAUUAGGAGUCAGAAAAUUAGUUUCUCGUUGGAUACCCCACCUAUUGACUGACGAGCAGAAAGCAGCCAGGGUUAAUUGCAUUGUUAGUGGUGAUGAAUCGUGGAUUUACUGUUAUGAAUCAGAAAAUAAACGACAGUCGGCUGUUUGGGUGUUCCAAGGCGAAGGAAAGCCAACAAAAGUCAUCCGUUCUCGAAGUGUUUCGAAAAAGAUGGUCGCGACAUUUGUGUCAAAAGCGGGACAUAUUGCAACAAUUCCUCUUAAUGAGCAAAGAACCCUUCGAAAAAUCAACCCCGAAAGAAGAAUCAUCCUCCACCAAGACAAUGCAAGCUCGCACACAGCCCAAAAAACAAGGCAGUAUUUAAUGGAAGAAAACGUGGAAUUAUUGGACCAUUCCCCAUAUAGUCCCGAUCUAAGUCCUAAAGAUUUCUUUACUUUCUCGAAAAUUAAAAACAGACUGCGUGGUCAAAGGUUCUGGUCACCAGAAGAAGCAGUUGAAGCAUUCAAAAAUGCCGUUUUGGAUCUACCAGCAAACUACUGGAAUAAGUGCUUCGACAAUUGGUUCGAGCGCGACAUCCCUCGUAUGUGA